AUGCAGAUCUUCGUGAAGACCCUGACCGGCAAGACCAUCACCCUAGAGGUGGAGCCCAGUGACACCAUCGAAAACGUGAAGGCCAAGAUCCAGGAUAAAGAGGGCAUCCCCCCUGACCANCAGAGGCUGAUCUUUGCCGGCAAGCAGCUGGAAGAUGGCCGCACCCUCUCUGAUUACAACAUCCAGAAGGAGUCAACCCUGCACCUGGUUGGCGUUAAGCCCGCACUAUCUACUGUGUGCGACGAACAGGUGGAGGGUGGACGAUACAGAGAAAGCUCCGGGCCAGCUGCGGAGGCUUCCGCAGCCUCAUUGCUGUCAGCGUCGAGUCGAGCCGGGCGGCACUUCCUCUCUCAAUCCCCGCUGCUGGAGAGUCCCGCUAGGCUCGGUGAUCCUGGCUUGCAGUCUGCUGCCGCUACGCCUUGA